AGCGAGGGCCGGCGGACGAGGCAGCGGCGGCGGUGGCUGAAGAAGCGGCCGGGGCAGGCGGGCAGCGCGCGGAGAGCGGCCCUGCGGGGCCCCACGCCAGAUUCCGUAAUGAUGAAUGGUUCCAGCGUGGCAAACACGACCACGACUGCCACCACCCCUGCAAAAUCCAAGGAGGACCAGGUAGUGAACGGGCAUGAUGAGAAGGAGAACAACCCCUUUGCCGAGUACAUGUGGAUGGAGAACGAAGAGGACUUCAACCGGCAGGUGGAGGAGGAGCUUCAGGAGCAGGAAUUCCUCGACCGAUGUUUCCAGGAGAUGCUGGAUGAAGAGGACCAGGAUUGGUUCAUCCCGUCCCGUGACCUGCCCCAGGGCAUUGGGCAGCUUCAACAGCAGCUGAACGGGCUCUCGGUUAAUGACAACACCCACAGCCACGUAUCGGAAGACAUUUUGAGCAAAAGCACCUUAAACCCCGACGCCAAGGAGUUCGUCCCCGGAGUGAAGUACUGAACCUUCUUGCAAAGACAAUUUCUUUUUGCCCUGGAUGGGGGUGGGGGUGGGGGUGGGGUAGCGGGACCCGCAAGCAGCGGUGGGGCAAAUAGACUCCUGGUGGGCGAAUCGGUGGGACUCUUUACGCUACUUCAUCCCUCUUUUUUCUUGCUGCGUCGGGACACUUUGAGACAAACUGACGAGAAGGAAUGCCCACCACGGGACUCGGCACAGAUCCAGACAGGGCACCUCCUUGGUUUUACUUGGUUUCCCCCCCUCUCACCUUUUCCUGUUUAACAGCAGCCAGCCUAGCCUGACCGCCAGCAGGGUCUCCUGCCUGCCUGCCUCCUCCUCCUCCCCACUGGGCAGCCCCUUCGCUGGGCACGCUUUGGACACUUUGCAGGCCCUGCUGCGUGGCGGGGAAAGGCCCCCCCGGACGUCUCUCUUUCCUUGGUGGAAGUUCUCAAGCAGGGCAGGCCAGACCUGCCGCCAGCCAGCCAGCCCACUGCUUCUGCUUCUCCUCUUCCGCCUGGCUUUGGAGCACCUCCCUUCCUCUUGCCCUCUCUCGCUCAGGCCAGUUGCGAUUCCAGCAGGUGAGGUUGCAGCCCGGUGAGCCUCAGCCUGCAAAGUGACCUCUCCCACCACCAAACCCCUGGGGGUCUUGAAGGCAGGAGAGCCUGAGGGCUUGGGGGAGUUGGCUCAAACCUCACCCCCCUCCAUUUGCAAGCACGUGGCCUCCUGCUGAGGAGGCAGGGGGGUCCCAGGAUGCCCACAGAGUUGUUGAGGCACGAUGAACCAUUUCCUGGUCUUCUGCAUCACUGUUUUUUUCUCUCUCAGCUUUCCUCUCCUCCUCCUCCUCCUCCCUGUUUUGGCCCCCAACUAAAAUAAUUGUAAUCAGGAAUGACAGGGUACAUUUUCUGCACCUGGCAGCUGCAAGGUGAUCCAAAGCAAACAAAGGACGUCUCUCCCCCUGAGGAGGGAGGCUUUGGGCUCUUUGCCGCUCCUGCCCAGGAGUCUUUGGCAGAGGGGGUUUCUGAUCCCAGCAGGUUUGUCUCUUCUCUCCAACUGGGUCCAGUUUCCUCGACAUCCUAGCUGCUGAGAAGUUUGGGGAGCUGCAGUUGGGCUUGUCUGCGGACCAGAAAGAACAGGUGGGCCCUAAACGGCUUGCAGAAAUCCAGGCACAUCCAACAGCACAGAGGGAGCUUCUGCCCAUCCUCUGGGCUUCUGGGUUGUCUGGUAUCUGCCACCACCUUCAGCAAAAAACCCAAGGCAAGACCAUGCUCUGCAUCUUACCUGGGAGAGCUAGGCAGGAGCUUGGAAAACUUCCCUAUCUCACCCCACCCCUACUGCCAGGGGUCUUUUUAUCCAAGCUUUGUCUCUUUCCAGGGCUCCCCCAUGGAAGGAAAAAUGGUGAGGGAAUAUUUUGGAGUUGCUGGGGGGAUUUUUACAGCAUGAACACACCUAGCUUCAUCUGCAAAAAAAGGGGGGGCAGCAGUUCUCCAUCAGCAUUGCCAGCUCAGCUAGCCCAGUUCAUGAGCCCCUUUGCUUAGCCCUCUUGCUUUCUUGGGGGCCAUGGGAAGAACACUCCUCCCAUGGCCUUGUGGGACAGCUGCAGUUCAGCCAGUCUGGACCCAGGUCCCCAAAGCAAGCUGCCAGGAGACGGCGAGGCAGAGACCUUCACUGCCAAGGAGGGCGACCGGCUUGCCCCUUUGCUCCCCGUUUAAAAUCUGGUUCCUGUUGAAUACAUAGGGUGCCCCCACCAAGUCUGACUUUUUUGCAGGGAGACUGACAGAAGGGAUCCAGCCGGGAGCCUGUGCUCUUGCAGUUGCAGGUGAAAAAGCAGCUUUACCGUGGAGCUGUAUGUACAUCAGGAUCCCUUCCCCAGAUUAUUUCCAUGGAUUCCCAAUUGCAAAGGCAUUAUCAAGUGUCAGUCUACUUUGGAGCAGCUUGUCUUGCACAGAUACCUGACGACUUGGAGCAUGUGCAGAGUAAAGAGUUCUCCACCCCAAACUCUUUGAGGGGCAGAGGCCAGCCUGGCUGUCAAUGGUCACCUGUCCAUUUGCCCUUAUCUGCCUGCAUUUGGCAUUUGUGGAGAGGGGCAGAGGCAGCUGGCUCUGCUUUUGGUCUUGGAGACUUUUUGAAAAGGCGAGAUUUCUCCAUGAUCCAGAUUCCUUCAAAGCCACAUUUCAGGCUUGCUUAUUUAAAUAAUCAGCAGUAUAAUCGGGACAGAGCAGAUGUGUGGGGCCAUAUCCUCUCUUCCCCAUUCCCUCCCCCUUUGCUCUCUCCCCCCCCCCCCCCUUUACAAUCUCUGGUUUCUUUCUGAGGAAGUCUUUGCAAUUAUGUUCUGUCCAUUUUUAAAACAAUGCAUUCUUAAAAUAAAUUGGUUUGAGCUGGG